ACAGUCACGUGUUGGAGCUAGUAGGUGAAGGCAGGGUACGUGAAAUAACGCUUGAGGGCGUACGUACGUCGUGUUAGUAGCACGUUACAUUAACUAGCCACGAACUAGUGCUUCUAGAGAGAUACGAAAAAAGACAGAACGUGUGGUUAAGAAAAAGUCUUCCGAGGGUGUACCAUGCCAAAGGAGUACGAAAAUUAGGACGACAAAAGCAGUCAACGUCGACCUGGAACUGUCAUGGAACGGCUUUCGAGAGUGGCAUUUUAUUUUCGAUGGAUGAGGAACGCAACACCUCAUGAUGCAAGUGAAGCGGAGGACGAACAUAAAACUGUCGAGGAUGAACGGUAUCGGAAUGUCGGGUGCAAUUUCGAAGCCUCUAGGCGAUUUUGUGGCAUUUUGGAGAGUAUCCUUCUUUGGGAGAACUCUGUGAACAGUAUCUCCGUCCUCAUCGUAUUCAAUAUACUGUUUUGGGGUAUUAUUGUAUUAGAAAUUCGGGGAUUUGCUGCAGCCAGUAGUGCUGCACUAGUCACUGUACUUUGUUAUAGUACCUUGGAAGCUCAAGUUCAGAAGGAAAAUAAAGCAUUGGACACAGCUGCUUCCUAUGCAAAAGCAGAACAAAUUGAAAAAAUAGGAAAAAUAAUAAAAUCUGCCGUUCAUUGGUUGAAACAGUUAAGGAAAGAGCAACCAGGAGUGUUUUGUACUGCAGUAUGCUCUCUUUCUUUGGGCCUAUGGAUUAUUGGUCGUACUAUAAAUGGUAUACUUCUUACAUAUACAAUAUGCAUGAGCAUUUUACUUGGAGCUCCGUUGCUGUUGAAGUUACCUAGCAAAAUGGUAGUACAAAAAGAGUGGGAUAGUGAAAUUGAAGAAUUUUUACCAGCAGUAACUGAAGACAAUCUUCAAGUUCUUACAAGAGCUGGAGAAUCAGGGGAUCAAUCUCCAACACCGACAAGUGUAUUGUCUGAUGCUCAAAAUGAGUUUCUUAUUGAUGAAGAUCUUCUGGGUCUUAAGAUGCCAUCACAUGAAGAUGGAAGUACUGAUGGUGUAGAAGUUUCUGAAUUAGACCUUAGUGCUGAAGAAACUGAUGUGGAUGGUAUUAAAUUUCAAAGUGGCCAUUUUGAGAAAGGAUCAUCUUCUGAAGAAGAAGCAGAACUUGAACCAAUAUCAAGUAAACUAGUUAUUCAUAGUGAUGAAAGUGGUAGCGAAUUUGAAAUAAUUGAUGGUCAAGAUAUUGAUAAUUUAGACGUUGCAUGAAAAUAACUGAUAUAUGAACUGUGAAGUUAUUAUGCAGAAUAGGAUUAAGUCGAGAGAUGACUUUGUUUGAAUAACGAUUAAGUAAAAUAAUUAUUUUAUUAUAAUUUUAGCUAUUUGCUUAUUUACAAAUAUUUGUGCAAAUCUAACAUAACACAGAUUUGGAUAAGCUAAAAGGAUAUUAUUUUUUUUAUUACAGAAAUGAUACAAAUUACUUCUCUAAAUUUAUAAAAACUUUAAAAAAUUUAUCAGUAAAAUUUAGAUAUUCUUCUUAUGUCGUGCAAAUGAUAGCUUCUCAGUAGUUACAUUGAUGUAUACUUAUACUAAAGUAUAUUCGUGAAAUUGUACAUAUUAUGUGCAAUAGAGAGAAUUAUCUCAAUUUUUAUUUUUGAAGAUAUACGAUUUUUGAUGUAUAUAUAUAUAAGAGAUCAACUAUCAAAAAACUUUGAGGGAAAAAGAUAGAGAUGAGCAAAUAACGAUUGUCAAUUUCAAUGUCGCUUUGACCUUCAUGGCCAAAAAUGGUUUUGUAUAUAUGUAUCACACACGGAAAAUAGUUACCUGCGAAUUAUAAUUAAGAAAUUAGAAACUACAAUGUCCAUUAUGCAGCAGGUAGAAAAUAGAUAAAUAUUGUCAUAGUAAAUAUUUACUCCGUUUUUGAUAUUACAAAAAUGACAUGUAAAAAUGAUUUUAUCUAUCAUGAAUCAAUUUUUUCUACUGCAUAAAUAUUGAAAUAUUGUUUUGUUUCAAAUCAAUUACAUAAUUUAAUUUUUGCAAAACAGCUUUAAGUAUUAAAUAGAAUGUAAAUAAUAUGUAUGCAUCAAUAAUAUAUUUUAUUGAUUACAAAAAUCUCAGAUUAAAACUCUAUAAACUUAAUGAAUUGGUCAUAAAUUGAUUAAAAAGAAUUUUUAAAAUAAUUUUUUAUCAAACAAAGAGAAUUUCUGUAUAAUAAAGUCUAAAUUAAAUUACAAAAUAGUAUAUAUUCUCUAUCUUCAAAUUAGUUACACAUAUUUUGGUAUAAGAUUGUUAUUAAAAAUGAUACCACUUAUGUAGACAAUUUUAUUGAUAGAAUUGAUAGAUGAAGAAUUAAUAUCAAAUUUUAAAAUUUAUUGUUAAUUUUGCCCAAAUUUUGCAAAAAGCAUUUAACUGUAUUUCAUAAGUAAUAUUUUAUUCAUAAAGUAUAACAAUGAACUUCAAUAUGUACAAACAGAGAACAUUAGAAAUUAUUAAAUGAUAAAUCAUUAUUAAAAAGUUCCAUGUUUUGAGGAAUAUAUGAUUUAAAAAAAAAAAUUUCUAAAUAUUGAAAGUUAUUUUCCAGUCAUGAUAACUCUAUUAUGUCAUACAAAGUAUAAAAUUACAAUAUUUGAAGUAAUAAUACAAUAAUGAAGCUA